AUGAAGGCCAACUUCGGAUUCAUCGCCUUGAUGGCUCUCUCUGCCGCGUCGCAGGUCUUCGGCCGCGAGCGUAUCUUCGAGCGUGACGGCAACGCCGUGUAUCUCCACCCCAGGCGGUUCGGCCAGGAGCAGCCCGCAGUCCUCGAGAAGAUUCGCAAUGCUUGCCCUGGUGAAGUUUGUGGCACCUUGGCCGGUCAGGCCAUCACUCCUCUCCUCGCCGCUCAGCCUGAGUGCUCGCAGCAGGAUUUGGCAGACGACAUCAUCGAUGCCAGCAAACAAUUCGACGCUGCUACACAAGCCGCCAUGGUUGCUGCUGCCAUCGAAUAUCGCCAGGCUGAGAAGAACACCCCUCCUGACUUCACGACCAACCCACCUACUCUGCGCAAUUCCGUCUUCUGCCAGCAGGCGCCCAGGAACCCGGAGCUUAUUGGGCUCGUUCAGGCCCAAGACCCCGCCAACGACCCCGACCUCUUCUUCGACCCCGCUCUCAGGGCCACCGUCGUCCGUGGCUCGCAAGCCAACACCGCUCCCUUCGCUGGAUAA